AUGUAUUAUAAUUCCACGGAGAGUUUGGUAAACAGUUCCAGGUUGGGCGAGUUAAUGAAACUUAUGGAAUUUCGAGACCAGCUUGAAUCAGUAGAGAAAAUUAUAUUUAUCUUCAUUUCCAUUUUUACCAUUUUGGGCAAUACUAUGGUCUUGGUUGCUACAUGGAGAGAAAGAAGUCUUCAUCAACCAAAUAAAUAUUGUAUUGCUUGUCUUGCUGUCGCUGAUCUUUUGGUUGGUAUAUUUGUUGCACCACUAAACGUGUAUCGACUUAAUCUCGAUCAUGAAACGAUAACUGCCAUCUCUAUUCAUCUAUGUCGUUUUAUGGUGUGGAUAGAUACCUUCGCUCUAACGGCAUCUAUUUACACACUGACGUUCAUCAGCUUCGACCGAUACCGAAAAAUAAAGAACCCAGCACUUCAGUACAGAUCCAGAAUGACAACUUUCAAAUCAUUGAAAAUCGUCUUUCUCAUUUGGUUCAUUUCAUCUGCCGUAGCCACCUACGCCGCCACUCCCCAUUCAGGAAGCUGGGGAAUCUUGGCCACAGGUGGCCGUUUGUGCCCCUCCGAUGUCACUAAAACAAAAGGAUUCUAUACUUUUCUUUCAGUAAGUGCGUUUUGUCUACCCACCUUAGUCAUACUAGUUAUGUACUCUCUCAUUUAUGUUGUUGUUCGUAAACGGGAAAAGAUGCUGCAAAAUGGCGAACUGGGUCAAACUCAUAAUGAUCAGAACCAACGACGAGCCUUUCGUAAAGAUGUGAAGGUUAUCCGAAUGUUAUUGAUUAUCGUUGGUGUGUUUAUACUUUGUUGGGCUCCUUACUUUAUUUACAUAUUGCUUGUGUACUACAAUCCAAAUUUUGUUGAUAUGUAUAGCAGGUCAUUUAGCAACUUGCGUCAGACGCUCACAACACUCUUAGUAAUAAGAACUGCACUUCCUUAUUUUAACAGUUUAUGCAAUCCAAUAAUUUAUGCCUGUCUCAACAAAACGUACAGAAAGGCUUUCAAAAAUCUGCUUCAGCGAAUGAUGGGCCCAACAAGCUCAAGAAUACGACCACUGCCAAACGGAAUAGAGUUACAUCCAGUGAGAACAUGA